AUGAGGAUAGGGCAUACUAUACAGUGUGAUAAGUGCCUUAAAUGGCGACAUGUAGAAUAUCAUGCAGCUUAUGAAGCCAAUGGUAUACCAGAGGAUUGGUGUUGCGAUAAUCAUCCAAACAGUAUGUUCCGAGGUUGUUCAAGGCCUGAGGAACCGCCAAAGGUGAAAGAAGGUAAACUAAACCGACAAAAAUCUCCGGAUCCUCCUGUGAAGAACAGCUCAUCAGCAAAUCGAAACGUUGACCGGAAGCCAGAGCUUUCUCGCAGUACCCCAACUGCCACUACCAAUGGAAGCAGCACUGCGCGCCGGCCGUUAGCCUCUCAGGCAUCUCCUGUUUCAUCGUCAUCAUCGAGGAGUAGCAGAGAAGUCCAACGGCGAGCGCCAAGUCCACAACCAUCUAAGCCUCUUAAAAGGUCAUCACGUGUUGCACAGCGAAAGGAAGCGUCGAGUAGCGAAUCAGAAGAAUCUAGCCCGGAAAGGCCACCACCAAGGAAAGCGCCGAACAGAACACCAGCGUUUAAUUCGGCGAUCAAAGCCAGUGAGCGUGUUAGUGCUGUAGGAAAGCCACCGACGAAACGGGCUGCUGCCCUUGCCCCUAAGCGGCGAAUUGUGUCUAGCGAAGAGAGCGACGAGGACGAGUCGUAUACUGUCCCGGAUUUGCCGAAGAAGCCAAAGACGAAAGCCGACCUAAGGAAACAGUACGAAGAGAUUGAGAAAAAAACUGAUGUGGAGACCAAGAAACCCACGGCAACUGUAGACUCGAAGAGAGCUUCGGCAGCGUUUGUGAAUGAUGUAAAGCCCUCCUCAUCGAAUACCUCCGUGAAACAAUCGCCAUCAUCCACCUCAAUAAAACCCGCCGCCUCCAUAAAACAGUCCGUGUCGUCGACAUCCGUUGCAUCACCAGCAAGUCUCUCAAAUGGAACGACAGGAAAGGGGGUUGUUGAUAAGGAAUUGGUUGAAAAGGAAAAGGAACGAGCUGAUCGGGCAAUGGCACAAACACGAAAACUGUUGAAUUUCUUUGUGAAACAAGGUGUCUCAUUUGCUGAGCGUUUCCGGCGAAUGAAUGAUGAAGAGUUAUUGGAGCAAGAUAUGGAGCAAUUUGGUAGGAACACAUGGGAAGAGCAUGUUCUAAAGGUUAUUCGGGAACGGGAUGAGUUGCGACUGUUGAGGCGGAGCGAUAAGGAACAGAUGAGAAAGCUAUGUGAGGACGAGUUCCGGUCUGAAUUGACUAUCAUCUUAAAAUGGGCAAUGGUAAGAGCACAGGUUCCACUUUUCCUUUCAUAAGA